CCGCCACCCCGACAUAGCCUCGGUGCUGGGCGCACCCGCCCCUUCCGACUACGUCAGGGCACGCACCGGAAGCGGAGACCGGAGCGGGCAGCGCUGGCGGGUGCGGUGCGGCCGGAGGGAGCGAGAUGCCUGUGACCAUGGGCCCAUACGGGCAAUCGCAGCCCAGCUGCUUUGACAGAGUAAAGAUGGGUUUCAUGAUGGGCUUUGCAGUAGGCAUGGCAGCAGGAGCACUAUUCGGCACGUUUUCCUGCCUCAGGAUUGGCAUGAGAGGACGAGAGCUGAUGGGUGGAGUUGGCAAAACCAUGAUGCAAAGUGGUGGGACCUUUGGGACAUUCAUGGCUAUUGGUAUGGGAAUCCGCUGCUAACCUGGCACUUGGGUUUUAUCUUGGAAUGCCCCUGUCCAGCCAUUCCUUCUCUGUACCAUAAUAAAAUCUUUAGAUAUCUAGAA